AUGGAUAUUCCUGCCAAAGGAGGUUGUGUAGGUCCAGAAUUAGAAGAAGGUAAUUAUUUUUAACUGUAGUACGAGUAUACUGAGGGUCCAUAAUCUCUGUUUUUCUAAUUAGAUUCUCAUUUUUAUAAGCGGAAGCCACUUCGGCUUUUAAGGGUUAAUCUACGUACUAAUGAAAGAGACAUAUACUAUACAGGUUGAUUACGUUAUUUUUAAUAGUUUUGUGUAGUUUGCUGUACGUAAGUAAAACAUCGGGGAUUUCGUAUUUCGAUACAGUUGGAUAGAGCAUCAACUACUCUAUCGAACCAUACGGUUUCGAUUUUGUUUCCUUUCAUUGUACUCCAAAAAUUAAUAAGUUACAAAAAGGAGUGAAAAAAAAUUUUUGCAAAAAUAGUUGGAACAGAAUAAAUGUCCAUAUUUUGUAGUUUGCUUUUACAUCAUCUAAUAGGUUUUAUCAAAAACAAAAUAUACUAGAAGAUGCGCUGUGAAAAGCUCUACAAUUUACAUAAAACCGCUUGUUUUAUUUCUACUCUUUUUGUUUUCAAAAUGGACAAAGGUCUGACCGAUCAAACGUCAACCGUGCGAGUAUUGGUCUCACAGCAUUUUUUAACUCUUUUUUAAAGCAAUUACAAUAAGCUUUACUGUGUAAUUUGUAGAGCUUUUCACGCUGCUUCUUUUAGUGCAUUUAACUUUUUUAUGAAGACAUAUUAUGUAGUAAAAAUAUUAAAUCGUAAAAAGAAAUCUCUUGUUAGUGUGAAAAAAUUGAUUUUUUUCAACGGAGAAAUUGGAAUUUUAUCCGUUUGAAAACAAAAAAAGAGUAAAGCGGUCUUAUGUAAAUUGUAGAGCUUUUCACGGCGCAUCUUCUGGUACAGUUUGUUUUUUAAUAAAACCUAUUAGAUGAUGUAAAAACAAACUACAAAAUGUGGUCUUUUUGCAAAACUUUUUUUUUGACUCCUUUUUGUAACUUAUUAAUUUUUGGAGUACAACCAAAGGAAAUAAAUUCGAAACCGUAUAGUUCGAUAGAGUAGUUGAUGCUCUAUCCAAUUGUAUCGAAAUACGAAAUCCUCGAUGUUUUACUUACGUACAGCAAACUACACAAAACUAUUAAAAAUAACG